AUGGUUAAAGUAAAGAAAAAACAGGGCAAAUCAAUUAAAAAACCAAAAAUCAUUAACCACCUUCAACGAACUUAUUUACCACGUGCAGCAGAAGAUCCUAACCGCAAGCAUAAAAUUGCAGAUAAAGUCAUAGAUCAUAAAAGCGAAGAGUUAAAUAUUUGGUAUUUAAUCCGAUUUAAAGAUAUAUCAAAACCACAAUGGCUUCCAGAAACUAGUAUUUCUGGAUGCAACCAGCUUAUCCAGGAAUAUUGGAAAAGAGAGAGUUCGAUAAAUCAAGAUGAUACAAAUACUCAUAAUAAUCAAGAUACCGAAUUUCAUUAUCGAUCUAAUAAAUCAAAAGAUUCUUCUUUGCAAUCAAGUUCUCAGUUUCGUUACGAAUUUGAUGUUUUAUCUCGUAAUUCUGCUACAUCUAGUAAUACAAUGAAGUCUAAACGUAUUGAUAAGUCGCAAGAUAAAGUUGCCAAGAAACCAACCAUAAACAAAUCAACAAGUAAUCCUGUACGUUAUGAAAAAAUUCGUCGAGAAAAACCUAUAAUCAGCAAAACUUUCGAAAAUCGAAACGUUAUUGAAUCAUAUCCUAAUAUUGCAACUUCUAAAGCGAAUAAAGUUACUGAACUUAUAUUAACGAAAGGACAAAAUAAAAUUAUGAAUAAAAGCAUGAGAUCGGAAGAUGCGGUGCAGCAACAACUAACAUCGGAUAUUGAAAGAACUCAAUCUAAAUGUAAAGAUGCCCUGAGGUUGACUCUUGACGAAUUUUUUUCAGAAAUAAGGACUGAAAUGGGAAUGCCACCAAAAUCGCACACAUUGCCUUCCAUGCAACUUCAUUCUGCCGAUAAUAAUGGGGGAAGUCCAAUCAAAUAUAUAAAAUGGACGGGUAAUAUAAUUAAAGGAUCAUUAGUCCUUUUCGUUGCUUCAGUAAAUGUCACGCCAUUUCCAGGGAGAUGCAACAAUAUAUCAACAUUGAAAAAAAUUGCAGAUGAAAAUGUACCAAAGCUUUGCAUUCAACAUUCUUUGCCUCUUUCAUAUGCAUUAAACCUAAUUAAAGACAAGGACUAUUCUAAAUGUCCGAUGUUUGAAAUAAAACCGUUGCAAAUUUCAAAAUCAAGACGCAACAUUUUAGUGGAAAGAACAAUAAUGAUGCGAAGUAAAAUUGCUGGAGUAAUUUGGAUCGAAGAAUAUAAAUCAGCAUGGAUCAUUUUUCCUUAUCAUGAAAAAAUCUGUAGCAUUUUAUCGUUACCAGACAAGAAAGAAUUGAGACUGUUUGCGGUCUCGAUCUUUAUACCGUCGAUAUAUGAUUCUAUAACGUUAAAUUCUAUAACGUUAAACAAUGAAAUCUCAAAAUGCACAAUAUUACCUUAUGAAAAAUUUUCAGUGAAAGAAAUAAUUAAAAUCAAGAUCUUCCUUCAUCAAACCGAAUAUUAUUCUGACUUACGAGAAAUAUGUAGAGGUCGAAUCCAUUUCACAUAUUUUGGUAAUAAAGAAUUUUCAGAAGUUCAAGAAUUGCUUUUGGCUAUGAAAAUUUUGGGAGCAAUUCAUGAGGAAAAUUAUAACGAAAAUAUUUCAUUGGUUUUGGUUCACGUUUUCUUUUUGAGACAAUUACUUUUCAUGCGCAACUUUAUGGAUUUUAAAAGACUUCCGAAUUGCAGAUUUCUUCUAUUCGGAGUUGAUUUAAAGGGAUCACCUGAACCCAUCUGUUUCAAAGAACAUUUGCCAAAUGGAGGAAUGAUAUCGGCGACCACGUUUACAUUUCUACAGGAGGAGCAAGUUUCUAACAGGAUCAUAAAUGUCAUCGACCAUCAAGAUAAUCCUUGGGAUUAUUUGUUAUAUAUGAAUGUCAUGGAUAAUCUAGCGGACAUAGGUCAAAAUCAAAACAAUCAAUGUGCACUUCAAGCUUGGUAUGAGGCUAUGACUGCUAUUGGUAUGAAAAAGGCAAGAUAUAUCAGGAGAGAAGAAAUGUUUAUGCCUGAAAAGGUUCCUGAGGAGCCUCCACCGAUGAUUUCUAGCUUAGCUAGAACAAUGUUGAGGAUUCACACCAUGUAUGCUUCUGAGAGAAGACAUUUUAUAUUAAUUCGGCAUCCAAAAGAGGAAGAAUUUUCGAAUGUGUCGAUUCCUGGAGUUUGGAAAAUGUCACUUCAGGAAUUUGAACAGAAUUUCGGAACGACUAUGUUACUUUUUUCAACUUCAAAACCAUUUCGCACAUAUAACAACAUUGGGUUAUUUAAGCGAUGUUCUAAUACGAUAUUAUAUGAUUCAUGUCGGCCGUUUCCGUCAUCAGAAUACAACGAUUGUGAAGAAAAUUUUUUUUGUGAAGAAUGGGGAUUAGCAGGAGUAACGAUGAUAUUAGCAGCGAUUGUAGGAGGUUUAACAUGGUUAAACUUUAUUAUGAUUUUAUUAGGAGGAAGAUUAAGAAGAGAGAAAGCAUGGAAAAAUUCUUCAGGAUUGCUACUUUUACAAGGUUAA